AUGGUUGUGGUGAUGUUGGUUUUCAUGGAGGUAACAGUUGGUGGUGAUGGCGAUCGACCUUUGGGCAACGGUGACCAUAGUGUGUUGGGAGUGGGGAAAAUCGACCUUUCUAUUUUUCAUGAGAGUGGUGGAUGGGGAUACUACUUAUACUUCGUACAAUAUAAUUCUUUCAUGGCGGACAAAUCAGAGUUUGAUCCUCAGCUUAUAAUUUCUCACAAAUUUCCUGAGUUGGCAUACUCUUAUACGGAAAGAGAUGCAGCACUCUAUGCUCUUGGUGUUGGGGUUUGCGGAAACGAUGCAUUGGAUGAUAAGGAGCUCAAAUAUGUUUAUCAUCCUGAUGGCCAGCAAUCCAUACAGGUCUUGCCAACUUUUGCUGCUUUAUUUUCUCUUGGAUUUACUUCACACGUUGGGCAACUACCAGGCUUGCAAUAUGAUCCACGCCUUCUAUUACAUGGACAACAAUACAUUGAAAUCUACAACUCACUACCUUCUAAUGGUUGCAUACUGAAUAAAGCAAGUGUUGCUGGGUUGCACGAUAAAGGUAAGGCAGCUGUUCUUGAAAUUGAAAUUGAAAGUUAUGAGAAAGAGUCUGGUGAGGUGCUAUGCAUGAAUCGGGUUAGCCUUUAUUUGAGGGGUGCCGGUGGCUUCUCAGGAUCGUCCAAACCUUUUUCCUAUGCCAAGUAUCCUGCCAAUGAAAUACCAGUGUAUAAAAUCCCUGAAAGUCAACCAUUUGCUGUAUUUGAAGAGUGUACACACCCAUCACAGGCAUUGCUUUACAGACUCUCUGGUGAUUACAACCCUUUGCACUCGGAUCCUACGAUUGCAGAAAUUGCAGGAUUUUCUCGUCCAAUAUUGCAUGGGCUUUGCACACUCGCCAUUGCAGUCCGAGCUAUCAUUAAAUGUAUCUGCAGAGGCAAACAAAGUAUGAUCAAGAGCAUAUCUGGUAGAUUUCUGCUGCAUGUCUAUCCGGGUGAAUCCUUAAUAACAGAAAUGUGGCUCGAAGGAUUGAGUGUGUUGUAUCAGGUGAAGGUGAAAGAACGAAACCGAGCUGUGCUCUCUGGCUUCGUAAAACUUAAUUGCUUAAGUUCGUCGCUGUGA